AUGUCUGUGCUGUUUGCCUCAUCGACAUCAAAGCUACCUUUUCGCGUUUCCCAAACUCCCGUGCGCUACGCCGGAAGAACUGUUGCAGGAGUCGACCCCGUCAAAGAUAUCCUCCGUCGCGUUCUCUACCCACACACUGUUCGCAACAAGCCAACCCCCACGGGUACCUGGCGUUCAGAUGUCUCUCGUGCAAUUCAACGCGCCAUACCCUCCAGGCAGGCUCAUGAAACCAUAGAGCGAGCCUGGCUGCUACAUGUGCGGCAUCUUCGUCGCAAGCGGGACUCGGAACUGGGGAGGAAGUACGAGUGCAUGAAGAGGGCAAUGGAUGUACUCGAGACGAUUGAUCCUCGUCUGUAUAGAGAGGCAAAUCGACAAGAGGAUCCUAGAGCGCGGACUCCCGCGGAGGUACAGCUGAUGAAAAGUCUGAGAGGAGUCGAGAGAAAGGCGCUGGAGUCGAGACCACCUGGUCUAUUUCCGAGGGAGCUUAGGGUGCCAACGGACACACCUUCACGCAAUGGUUGGAAAUAUGAUUGGACCCCUGUCAUCCUAAGGCCCUGA